AUGUGCCCCACACUCCUCAGCCUCCUGAGUCUCGGAUUCUGUGUGAGUCUGAGGAUCUGGGCAGCAGUGGGUGAACAUGACAAGCCCUCUUUGUCAGCCUGGCCAAGCCCCAUGGUUCCCUUAGGACAGACUGUGACUCUUCAGUGUCACUUCGAUUCUCCACUUAAGAUAUUCAGAUUGUUCAAAACAGAUGGGGCCAGUUUGCCCGAGCUCCAUGGAAAUCAUUUCAACAACUUCACCCUUGGCCCGGUAACCAGAGAACAUGCCGGGUCCUACACAUGUUCCGGAUUCUCCAGGUCUCUCUUUGAGUUUUCCAGACACAGUGAUCCCCUGCAGAUUGUGGUCACAGGUGUGUUCACAAAACCCUCCAUCUCAGCCCACCCCAGCCCUCUCAUGCGUGCAGGGGAGAAUGUGACCGUCCGCUGUCAUUCACUGCUGUGGUUUGACAAGUUUAUCCUGCACCAAGAAAAUAGCACAGGGAAUUUCCAGAGACAUGGACAGAUGCUCACUGGUGGGCAUGCCCCAGCUGACUUCUCCAUUGGCCCCAAGACUUUGGCGAGUGCGGGCACCUACAGAUGCUAUGGCUCUUUCAGCCACUCCCCCUUCGUGUGGUCAGCUCCCAGCAACCCCGUGAACAUCAUCAUCUCAGGGCGGUCCAGGAAACCCUCACUCUCAGCCCAGGGGGGCCCUGUGGUGAGGUCAGAAGAGAACGUGACCUUGGUCUGCAGCUCGGAGAGCGCCUUUGACCAGUUCCAUCUGCUCAAGGAGGUGGAGGACCUUGGGCACCUGCUCUCUGUAGGGUGGGGCCCCCGUGGAGCACUCCAGGCAGAGUUCCCUCUGGGUCCUGGGACGCCAGCCCUCAGUGGGGUCUACAGGUGCUACGGCUCCUUCACGCGCUCUCCCUACUCGUGGUCAGACCCCAGUGACCCACUGUUCCUGUCUGUCACAGGAUCCACUACAAGUACUUACCUGUCACCCACGGUUUCACACACCACAGAAGAAACACCGCUUCCUCAAGAACACUGCAGCACAUGGUACAUUAUCCUUGGGCUUCUCAUAGCUUUCACCUCUACCAGCAUCAUCCUCACUGCUCUUGUCUGUCACUGGUGUUCUACCCCAAAUCAUGUUGCCAACAUGCAGGGAGAGCCCAUGGAAGACAGAACAGUGAACGGCGAGGACUCUGAAGCAGAAGAUGUGAUAUACGCUAAUUUGGACCUCGGGACCCUCUCCGAGAGACGGUCCACUCCUGCUCCCCUGAGGCCCAUGCCCCCCUCUGCUGAGACCAUUAUCUAUGAGGAAUUCAACAUAAACCAAGACCAUGCUGAGCCCAGACCUGACCCCAUCCUCUGA